UCGGAUCACGUAUUCAUGUACAAACAGUACCCCCGCCGCUUUGAGGAGGGUCGUGUCACACCCCCUCUGACUGGUUCAAGGAGGGUUACAAAUAAGACCGAGAAACAGCCGACAGGCACCGCUUUCUGCACUGAGCAGGACAUUCAUUCAAACAAAACCUCAAACUUUGAAAGCACCGCAGCAGUCAUGGCACAAGCUUUGGACAUUGAACGGUGGAACCUGGAGUGUUUGUUCAACAACACUGACCAUCGCACUGACCUCAACGGAGUAGAUCGACUCAUCGUGAGGAGAGGCCAACUAUUCACCAUCAGCCUGUAUCUGCGGUCUGGACGUUACCAGCCAGGCAUCAGCUCUCUUGACUUCAUUGCAGAAACAGGUCCUCAUCCCUCUGACCAGUAUGGCACCAGGGCCCGUUUUGGUCUCUCUUCUAAUAUUGACACUUCCACCUGGAGCGCUGCAGUAACCAGCCCUCCUGGGGAGAUGCUGGCCCUGUCUAUCUGCUCUUCUCCCAAAGCUCCGAUUGGCCGCUACACCCUCAACCUGGGCCAGUCACGGAGCAUUGAGUUCAUUCUUCUGUUUAAUCCCUGGUGUCCAGCGGAUGAGGUGUAUAUGGACAAUGAGCAGAGUCUGGCAGAGUAUGUGCUGGCUCAGGAUGGGAUCAUCUUUCGAGGCAGCAGCAAACACACCAUACCCACUCCCUGGAAUUUUGGCCAGUUCGAAAGUGGAAUCCUGGAUAUUUGUCUGAGGAUUCUGGACAUGAAUCCUAAAUGUCUGCGUAAUCCUGGAAAAGACUACUCAGGGAGAAGAAACCCUGUCUAUGUAACCCGAGUGCUGAGUGCCAUGGUGAACUGCAAUGACGAUAAAGGGGUGUUGCUGGGAAAAUGGUCAGACGGAUAUGAAGGAGGCGUCAGUCCCUUGUUUUGGCGUGGCAGUGUGGAGAUUCUGCGGAACUGGGACACACAAGCCUGUCAGCCUGUUCGCUACGGACAGUGCUGGGUGUUUGCUGCCGUCGCCUGCUCGGUUUCCAGAGCGCUGGGCAUUCCCUGCCGAGUCAUAACUAACUAUCUGUCUGCCCACGACACCAACAGUAACCUGGUGAUUGAGCGUUACGUUAAUGAAAAUGGGGAACUCAUUCAAUCCAGAGAAAUGAUCUGGAAUUAUCACUGCUGGGUGGAAAGCUGGAUGACAAGGCCAGACCUCAACCCUGACUUUGACGGCUGGCAGGCUAGUGACCCCACUCCCCAGGAGAAGAGUGAAGGAGUGUAUUGCUGCGGCCCCAUCCCUGUCAGGGCUAUCAAGGAAGGAGAGCUUACCUUCAAGUACGACGCCCCAUUUGUUUUUGCUGAGGUCAACGCUGAUGUUGUCACAUUCAUGAAGAAAAAAGACGGCAGCACUUCCGAAGUCACCUCGAGUGGAUUGGUUGGCCAGAAGAUCAGCACCAAGAGUGUUGGCAAUGACACCAGAGAGGACAUCACUCACCUCUACAAGUACCCUGAAGGAUCUGAUGAAGAGCGGGAAGCUUUCAAGAAAGCCAACCACCAAAACAAGCUUCUCCAGGAGAAGCCGGAGCUAGGCCUCCACAUCACUAUCAAAGUUACAUCUGACAUGAGGAAAGGCUGCGACUUUGACGUGUUUGCUGUCGUUACCAACAACACAGAAGCGGAGAGGAAGUGUCGCCUGGUGUUUGGGUCCUGCGCUGUGUCCUACAAUGGAUUUCUGGGAGGAAACUGUGGUUUUAAAGACCUGCUCAACGUUCAGCUUUCACCAGGAGCAGAGAGACGUGUUCCACUAAGGCUGAAUUACUCAAAGUAUGGGGACCAAGUCACAGAGGACAACCUAAUUCGCCUGGCAGCUCUACUGAUGGACUACUCCACAGGAGAAGCACAACUUGCAAUGAGAAACAUUGUACUGGACAAUCCUGAAAUCAAAGUAAAAAUUCUGGGUGAACCAAAGGAGAACCGGAAGUUGGCUGCAGAAAUUAGCAUCCAGAACCCUCUACCAGAGCCGCUGGAUAACUGCUGCUUCAGCAUUGAGGGGGCCAACCUGACUGGGGCCAACAUCAUCUCUGAAAGGUUGGACUGCACAGUGGGACCUGGGGAAGAUGCCAAAGUUAAAAUCUACUUCACCCCGACCCGUUCUGGGUUGAGAAAGCUGGUCGUCGACUUCGAUAGCAACAAGCUGUGUCACGUCAAGGGCUACAGGAAUGUCAUUAUUGGAAAAUAAAUGUUUUACAGACUUGCAGAUGGACACAUUUUCAGUCUAUUCCUGAUAAAGCUGAUUAAAGAUGUAGUCCGUAACUUUUCUUAAAUAAAAAGUAUUUUGAAAUCUAACUAUUUUUGCCCCCCCUGCUCCCCUUUCCCACCUGAAGCAGCUGAAAGCCUUGCCUCAUAUACACACGCGCACAAGCAGGCCAAGCAGUGUGACUGAAUGCAUAAUGGCAUUCAGUCAAAAAAUACAAACAAUAUCCUACACUAUACUAAUAACUUAGCCUACAUUACAUAUAAUGUAAGAUGAAUCCCCUUUCGUUCCCCUCCAUUCUCUUCCACAGUUAACUUGAUGUUCAAACUACUGAUUAACAUUACAUGUAAUGUUGUUCUGGUGAGCAUGAAAUCUAGCCUGGUGUAUUGGCCUAUUGUACACGCAGCAUAUUGUACUUUUAAAAGCAUCUCCUUUGUAAAUAUAUAUAUAUAUAUAUAUAUAUUUAUAUAUAUAUAUAUAAUCAGUCAGAUUAAAUUCCCAAAAAUACAGCUUGAUAUAAUCUUGAUUUUGGACAGUACAAUCAAAUUCAAGGGUGCAGAACAUUUUAUAAUGUACAUGGGAGCAAUAGUUUCACCAAUGACUCCAUCCAGGAAAGAGACACACCUAAACUCUGAAGGACCUCAACAGGAGUUGUUAUGAUCCUAGGGUGUUAGAUUAUGGUUUUCAUUUGUGUUUAUAUUCUCUCUACUCCAUCUUGUUCUGCCUGUUACUCUGCCUAAAUUUCUUGUUAUUUUUAAUAAACCUUUGUAAUGCUUA